GGGGAGCCCUGCAGCCGGCGGCUCGUGUGAAAAGGUGUCCUCUCUUUUGAAACUGGAACUAUGAUAACGCUACAAGAACACAGCCUGGAGGUGUGUAAAGCAGCACCCAGCAGGUGACCAAAGUUAUUGAAAACUCAUGAAUAACCUAUGAUGGACAGCAAAGACUUGGAAGCAGAAAUCCACCCUCUAAAGAAUGAGGAUGGGAAAGCACAAGAGAAUCAUGAAAAUUGUACAGAGAAAGAAAGUGUCUGUAAAAAGCCCACACGAUUUGCUCAGCUCUCCCGAUGGCGAACUGCUUCCUUCUUCCUCUCAUUAUUUCUCUGUCUUAUUGUGGUGUUUGCUUUUUCAUUCAUCAUACCUUGUCCAGUGAGGCCUCUUUCACAAAAGACGUGGCACAGAAAAUAUGAAAAUGCAGUGACCUACACAUUUUUGGCUGUAGAAGAUGUGGACAAAGACAAAGUUCAAGAUAUUAUCUUUGCUUUCAGAAGUACCAAUGGUAGCAGCAGUUUUAACAGAUCCUGCUUGGAUGAAGGCCUUUCUACUCCAUGUGCCUUUAUUGUUGCCGUGUCAGGCACUGAUGGCAGCACACUCUGGGAGAGGCCUGUCACUGAAGAUGUCCAUUGGAUGGAGUGUGGCAUUGAACAGUUGGGUGGGGCUCAGUCCCCAGGCUGCCUUGUCUUGGGGAAGCCAGAGUCUUUAACUGCAAUCAACUCUCAAACAGGGGAAGCUCUAUGGAGACAGACUAACAACUUUGGAGCUAAUUAUACACUGAUGACUCCUUUGUUAAAAAUCCCAGAUGUUGAUGGGGAUGGUGUUCAGGACCUGAUGAUCUUUACCACUGUGAGAGAAGAGAUUAAAAUCUACAUCCAUUCAGGAAAAAAUGGCAAUCAGGUCGGCUUCCCUGCACAACUGGGUUUGGGCAGAAAGGCAGUUUAUCUAAUGUACGCUACAAAAGCUGGCUCCAACUACCUUCUCUUCCAUACAGUAAAUUCUCUCUAUGGCUACUCCUUGAAGGAUCUCUACAGUAUGGCAACUGGAAUGGAACCUAAAUUAGUCAGCCUUAAGCAAGAUCCUCAAUGGGAGAAGAAGAUUGAGAGCAGCUCACAUCACAUUUCCCUUCUCAGCUCUGGAGACAUUCGUUACAUGGUGAAGCUUCCCAGGAGAUCAGGGGAGGAUAUCUUGGUUGUGAAGUCAGAUAUGGCUGAGCUGCUCAGUGGACAAAAUCUUGAAUCCCUAUGGACUCUCAACACAUCUCAUAUUCUGAGCAAGCCUGUGCUUGGUUACUAUAAACCUGAUGUUCUUGACAUUAUCCUUGAGAGUACAGUUGGACCCAACAGGAAAAAGAUUAUGAUUGUUGAGAGUGGUUCUGGAGCAGUUCAGUGGGAGCUGGAGCUGAAUUCAAGAGCAGGAAGUCCCAGGCCAGCCACCCUCCCUACUGCAAAUCAUCGUUCCACCUUCUUCUUCUGGGGGGAGUACCAGGCAGAGGCCAAUGAGAUGCGAUCCCGAGUGCCCUUCCAGAACCUGUAUCUGUUUCAUCCCUCUUACCCUAACGCCCUCUUGGAGCUGGCCAACAGCACAGAGCAGAUAGUUGUCUUUGACGCUGUGCUGUUUGAGCGGAGCCGGCAUGCCUGCUACGUGCUGCUGACAGGCCCUCAGAGCAGUGAGGAGCCAGGCGUGGUGUCUGUCAUGAAACGGAAACUGAAAGAGGACAUCAAUGACAGUAAGGUGAUGUGGCUAGGCCAGGUGUCAGGAGACAGCGAGCAGUACAUCAAGGACCGCCUCUACAGGAUGCGCUUCCAGAGCCAAAUCUGAACUCACUGAAAUGGACCCAGGAGAGGCUGCCCCAGCACAGUCUCUUCUGAGCCACCUGUCAUUUGCAACAGUGGACUCGAUAAACCCAGAACGUAGAUUCAAAUAAAGCCACCAUUCUUGAUCCACAAGCUAAAGUGUGGCUGGCCAGAAAACAGUGGCAGCAAAAAAAUCUGGGCAUCUAAA